UCUUCCACAACCAUACAACGAUACGACUCUCUCUCUCUCUGCAAUAUAUGGUUAAAACAGAAGCAGAAGCCCAUUACUGAAGGAGGGAAUUAUGGCUAUUGGUAGUCGGGGCAGUGGUACAUCAAUGCCUGCUUUGCUGCUUCUGCUGCUUCUUCUUCUUCCUCUUGUUCUUCUGCAGGUCGUCUCCCGAUCGACAGUUGAGUUUCUUCCUGGGUUUGAUGGGCCUCUACCCUUCCACCUCGAGACCGGGUAUGUGGGAGUGGGAGUGGGAGAAAGAGAGGAGAUACAACUAUUUUACUACUUCAUCAAGUCGGAGAGGAAUGCAGAAGAAGACCCUCUCAUGGUUUGGCUCACCGGCGGCCCCGGCUGUUCCGCCUUCUCCGGUCUUGCCUACGAAAUUGGUCCAUUAAAUUUCAAGAUUAAGGAAUACAUCAAUGAUAGCUUGCCCGAGUUAGUAUAUAAUCCAUAUUCAUGGACAAAGGCAUCAAGCAUUAUAUUUGUGGAUGCACCCGUCGGUACGGGUUUCUCUUAUGCCACGAAAGCGUCUGCUUAUCGGACCGGUGAUUUCGAACAAGUUCGUGACCUUAAUAACUUCAUAAGGAAGUGGUUGAUUCGACACCCGAAGUUCAUGUCGAGUCCUCUCUACGUCGGGGGUGACUCCUACUCAGGCUUUACUGUCCCAGCUCUCGUUCAAGCCAUUAUCAAUGGAAAUGAAGAAGGCCGGAAGCCAUACGUGAAUAUCAAGGGAUACUUGCUGGGGAACCCAGUGACGGACCCUGUCAUCGACGGUAACUCUCCGAUACCAUACGCCCACGGGAUGGGACUCAUUUCUGAUGAGCUCUACGAGGCAUUGCAGAAAAGUUGCAAAGGGCAGUACAGAUUCUUCGAUCCAAGCAACGUAGACUGCUUAAGAAACAUCCAGUCUUACUAUCAGUGCAUUAUUGGGCUCCAGACCGCUCAAAUUUUGGAACCUCUGUGCGGAUUUGCAUCCCCGAAGCCACCCGUGCAGGGAGAAGCGCUCGGUAAAGUCAGAUUUCUUAUUGAGCAAGUCUUCCGCGACAACCCCCCUGCACCGGUUGUUCCCGACUUAGGAUGCCGGGCUUACGGUUACACUCUUGCACCUAAAUGGACCAACGAUGAGAAUGUGCGGAAGGCCCUUCAUAUAAGAAAGGGAAGUGUAGGGACAUGGCAAAGGUGUGCUUUUGGGCUGCCCUACACAAGCGAAAUCACAAGCAGCUUGCAGUACCAUGCUAACCUGAGUAAGCAAGGAUGCCGUUCUCUCAUAUACAGCGGAGAUCACGAUAUGAUCGUCCCAUUCCUGGGGACUCAAGCAUGGAUAAGAUCUCUGAACUACUCCAUUGUCGAUGACUGGAGGCCGUGGAUGGUCGGAGCACAGAUUGGAGGUUACACGAGGACUUAUGCCAAUCAGAUGACAUUCGCCACGGUGAAGGGUGGCGGGCACACAGCUCCAGAGUACAGACCGGAAGAGUGUUCAGCAAUGUACAAGAGGUGGAUCUCCGAGGAGCCACUCUAAAUCAAACCUCCUGAAGAAACUCUUGUGGUUUCACGGCGACCAAGCUAAGCUCGAUCAGUUAGAAACUGUGCCCGAACACAUAUCAACUCGGCCAUUAUAUCAUAUAUUGCUCGCUCAUUUAGAAUAUGUACCUGAACACAUUCCAAUCAGUCAUUGUAUCAAAUAUACUCCGAAGAUAAUGCUACCGCACUUUGACAAAAA